AUGGAUCCCAAAUUCUUUUCGGGUGCACAACAAGGCAUCCCCAUGACAGCCCAACAAGCAGCAGCCAAUGCACGAAUGAUGAUGGCACUGCAACAGCAGCAACAACAGCAGCAACAACAACAGCAGCAACCCCAAUCCAACGACCCUUCCAUGCAGCAAUACAAUGCCAUGGCUAUGGGGAAUAUGGGAUUCAGUGGAGCUCCUAAUCUCGGCAAUAUGGCCUUCGCCCAAGGUGGUGGUGGUGAUAUGUCUUCCUUUGAUCAAUCCAACUUUAUGUUCAUGAACCAAGUAUCUGCACAGCAGCAGCAGCAACCCUUCAUGGGACAAAUGCCACAAUCGCCAGCCAACAUGCAUGCAAUGAAUCAAUUGACUCAACAGCCACAGCUUCAGCAACAAGCUACAUCUCAACAUCCACAGACAUCCAUUUAUGCAUCACAAGCUGGAAUGAUGCCUUUUGCACCCAACGCCAACAAUGGAGGUCUUCCACAACAAAAUCGUGGCAUGUAUCAAGGUGGCGAUAAUAUGAUGUCUCCCAAUACACCACAAGCUAUCCUUAUGCAACAGCAACAACAACAACAAGCUGCCAUGUUGAAUAGAGUCAAACAAUCACCUAGUCAAUCACCUGCCAUGAACAACGCACACUUCCAGGGAUCACCUGUUGCAGCUGGUAGUCCACAUGUGGGAGGAGCUCGUAUGCCAAAUGAUUAUGCUGUAUCGUCACCUAUGGUUGGUUCCAUGUCAUCACCAGUACAAGGGCAAGGACCAGGAAUGAACCGAGUUAUACCAUCACAAGCUCUUGGACGUUAUAUGCAAAACAUGAAUGCUUCUCAACAGGCAAUGAUGCAAGGCAACAUACAACAACAGCAACAACAACAACAAAAUAUACCGUCACCAAUGGCCAACAGACAAACACCUUCUCAAAUGUCGCCACAGAUUGCUCAAGCUGAACAGCCAAAGGAUAGCCCAGCUGGAAGUAACACUCCCAAUUAUCCACACCAGCAAUCACCAAUGCAAAAACCUGCCAUGUCGCCUGCACCACGUCGUUCAGCUACGCCUGGAAGCACUACCUCUACACCUUUACAGCAACAUCGACAAAUUGAAACUACCCAGCAACAGUCGACAAAACCUGGAUCUCCUGGACCAUCUGCAGACGUUGCGAAUGCUAAUAGAGCACCUUCUCAACCACCAAAGACGGAGACACCAUCACCUAAACCAUCCCCUGCAGUCAAGAAUGAAGCAUCAAAUUCACCCAAUCCAGCAGCAGCAGCAGCAGCAGGAUCUCAGUCUCAAUCGGCAGAGAACAAGGGAUCGACACAAUCCUCACUUACGACUUAUGUUCCCAAAACACGCAAUGUGGAUACGUAUGGUGGUGUUGAUUUGAAAUACUUUGACAAGUUUGAUAUCAAGCCUAUGGUGCCUCAUUUCACUGAAUUAGGCACGGUGGAUAUACAUGCAUUGAUCAUGUCUCUAAAAUCGGGGAUGAAAAUGGAGGUUACCAACGCACUCAACGUAUUGACGGUUGUCACUUCUCAACAUACAAUGUCGCUGGCAUAUUGCGAAGAUCUUUUGGAUAUUUUGCUCGACUACAUGGAGAAGGACAUUUUUGGUGAAUGCUCAAGGUUUUCAGUGAAUGGAAAAGACACCACAGCCAUUCUUUCCAGUUCGAGCAAAAAGUUGUCGGACCACGACCUUACGUAUGCUGAAUUAUUUGAUAUGUCGCUGGAUGAGAUGAAGAGUUUGAUACCGAUGCUUGAGGAAACGACAUCCGAUUUAUGGCUAUCAUUACGAGAACGAUGCCUGUGUAUUUUCAACAUUUUCAGGAACCUUUCAUUCAUGCCUGACAACAUGGAGUACCUUGCACGACACGAGCGAUUUGUAUCGAUUCUGGGACGUGUCAUGGAUAGCACACGCAACGUGGAAGAUGAAGAAGGCAAGGACACAUCAGGGCGCGAAGCAUGGUUUGUGGGUGUACGGCGGAUGGACACUUUGGAUUUCCGCAAGAGCAUCCUCCUCAUUUUCUCCAACAUUGCCAUGCUCCUUCACAUCCGUCAGCCCGAUAUGGCAGGCACUUUUAUCCGGUUGACGCAUGAUUUCUUAACCAAUGGUCCUGACACCUACUAUGCCAUGCUGGCUGCUGAGACAUGGGCCAAGAUCUCGGUCAACUAUGAAAAUCGAAAGUCUUUUGCCAAGCUAGCUGAAAAGACAUCAUUGGAGAGCUUAAAAGAGAUUUGGAUGGAGCUAUCAUCAGUGAUACGACGCGACUUUUUCACCCCAGAUGGUAAAGUGGCGAUUCAAUUGGCAGGUAGUCAACUGGCAACAUUGGAGUAUACGGUGAUGGGUCUAUACAGCAUUGUGGCCAUUCUAGCGGAGACAAGUGAUGAACACGCUUUCAGGGAACAACUUUUCCUUGCCGAUCGCACUGUGCCCAUGAUGAUUCUACGAUUGUGUGUAUCCUUUGGCGAAUCCGGUAUUCAGCAUUAUCAAGUAGUAUCCAAGCGUGGUAUGGAAUUGGUGCGUCGAUUAGUGUGCGGUACAGAUGCUUCCUCAACAUCCUCGCAUCAUCAUCAUCAUCAUCGAUCCAAUGAUAUGGAUGAAGACAAUACAGAUGGUACAUCUCAAGAAAGCAUAGCCAAGGCUGGUCAUCGAAUGUUGGAUAUGAGUGCGGUGCGACACAUGUUGAUGAUGGCCAUGCUACGACCCCAUUCGGAUCCAGAAAUGCUUCGUGACCUUACAGACUUGUUAACUCUUAUCGAUGGCGACAAUGCUGAGACACCUGUAGCAUAG